AUGACAUUCUUUUUCAAUCCUAGAGAGGGAUCUGGAUUUUUAUCAAAUAUGAGUGAAUCAUUCCAAACUUUUAUCACUUCUGGAUUUGUAAUUAGUUUCUUCUUCAUAUUGAUGUGGUGGAUUGGAAGUUUGAUUGAAAAUUGGAAGAGAUUAAUCAUGUUUUUAGGAGGAAAAAAGGCAUUCUUUGAACGUCUCAGAACUAUGGAAUACAAGAGAAAGAAAUUGAGCGAUUCAUCGAAUGGAACAACUAGCAAUUAUGGAACUGUUAAUCCAACAGAGAGUGAAAAAUUGAUUGCCAAAUCUAGAGAUAGAGCAACAAGUUCUGCCUCGAUUGUUGACAUUGAAGAUGAUAACAUGGCCAUCGUUUCAACAAUAGGAGAAGAGGAAACUGUAAAUCCACCAAUUUAUCAAGAGCUUCCAAAUUCUGUUCCAGAGAGUGAGGAUUUUGUUGAUUUGGCUGGACAUCAAGUAGAUGAGAAGGUCUAUGAAAUUGAAAAGGAGAGAAAUGUUUGGGUUCUUGUAACUUGGUACUGUUGCUUGGCAGGCAUUAGUUUCCCAACAUUGACAGCCCUCUACUACAAAAUCAGAAAGUGCUUUAAACCUAAAUUAGAAGAUCCUGAAAACAAACACAAGAGAAAGAAGAAUAUCAAAAUGUCCUUUGUGUGGUUUCUUAUAGUUUUGGGUUUAAUGAUAGCUAUUGUUGCCCUCUUGGGACUGUUCCAUGUUGGAGAUGUUCUCUUGAUUGUCUCUGUUAUUGUUGUUUGUAUGAUUGUGAAUACUAUUGUUGAGAGAUACUUUUUCAUUCCUCCACAUCAACCUUCAAAAGAAAGAUUACUCUGUAGUUGGAACUAUAACGAAGAUAGAAAGAAGAAUGGUAUACUCAGUUGGAUCUUGUCAAGAAUUGACAAGUAUAUCACAUUUGUUGAAGAGGUUUUCUAUCACAGUCCAUAUGUUAUUUUUAAGGCUGCCAAGACUCUCCUCUUCUUGUUUACCAUUGUGAUUGCCAUCUGUAUCACCUUCAAAUUUACAGAGACUUAUCUGACAUUCUUCCUUCCUUGGACUUUUUGUUUGAUUUUAUUCAUUUUACAAAUUUUGAGAUUCAACUUGAACAAGUGGUGGGAUAAGGUUUUAUCUUUGGUCAGAAGAUCAGCAAUUACAAGUGAACAAUCUUCAGAAAAUGAGGGAGCUACUCUAUUUGAUAUUGAGGAAGUUGAAAUCAAGACACCAACAAUUCCAAAUAGCAAUUCUAGUAAGAGAUUAUCGACAUUCACUGAGAGUACUCUAAAAAACAGAUCCAAAUAUUAUAGAAAGAACUUACCUCCUCACUAUCACUGUGAACACGAGCAUACCUUCUUUAGAUAUUUCACAGUAAUUUAUUUCCAACUUUCCAUAUUGAUUACACUCUUUUUAUUGAUUGGUUUUACAUUCUAUUUCAUUGGGUGGAUUUCUGGAGUUUGCUUAAUUGUUCUACUCAUUAUGAUUUCUUUCGUAUUGUUCAUGAGAGUUGAUAUUGAUGCUGCAGAUGCAUUAUUUGCCUGUUUGAUGACUUUUAUGUUCUUGUUGGGAGCUAUUUUCAUCUUGGGUAGUUUGAAUGCUCAAGCCAAUGACGAGUUGUAUUGGAGUAGAAUUGGUGAACAGUACAAUGUCACUACUCCUAGAUUUGAUAUUUGUGAUAAUCGUUGGCAUGGAUACAGCCCUGUUGAUUAUGCCUUGUUCAGUGCUUUGGCUUAUGAGGUAGACCCUUACUUUUCACAUGAUUUGGAAACUUGGUUCCCUGAAUGCAAAGGUGGAAAUUGUCAAGUUUUGAGAAGAGAAAAUACUACCAUUAACUUUUUCGAUUUGUACAUUCCAUCUAAGAAUUUAUCAAUCAUUUCAGUUCGAGGAACUAUAAUUCCAAAGGAUAUUGUUCAAGAUUUCGAUGUAUGGAAGGAGGCAGGUUUGCUUCAAAUUGCAUCUGUUAUUGGACCAUUUGCUGUUUGGCCAAAAUCUCUCUUGACAAGCUUGGUCUGGUACAUUUCACAAAUUGAAAAGUUGACCAUGGUUCCUCGUUCUAAUGUUACAAGUCUUGACGAUUCCAGAUAUUAUUAUCAAAUAUUGGAUGAUUACGUAGCCCAAUCAAAACUGAAGAGGCAAGUAAUUCUUACUGGACACAGCUUGGGUGGUGGGUUGGCCAAGAUUGUAGGUUCAAGAAACAUGGUGCAAGCUGUGACUUUCUCUGGACCUGGAGUUUUAUUGAGCAGACAAAAAUUCUCAAUCACUGAGGAAAAUAUUGACAGAUAUUGUGUCAGUGUGAAACCAGCCAAUGAUAUGGUACCACAAAUCGAUAUGGAUGGUGGUUUAGUUCAACACAUUGAAUGCAAUGGUAACAUUGUAACAUGUCACAGUAUAGUCCACACAACAAGAAAAUUAAUAUCCAGUUGUGGUGACUAUCCUCUCAAUAGAUGGAUUGAUUCUUACGCGAACAUUACAACAACACCACAAUAA